CUCUGCUGUUGGACCGUGGCAGAAUGACGUCUUCCAAUGAUUAUGGAGCCACUUCCUGGGAGCUCAACGUUCAGGUGGAUCAGCCAAGUGAAGAUUCACCAUUGGACUUCAAGCUGAGAGUAACAGGAGACUUUCAUGUCGGUGGAGUCAUGCUUAAAUUAGUGGAACAAAUCCCUGUGCCGCAAGACUGGUCGGACCAUGCUCUUUGGUGGGAGCAGAAGAAAUGCUGGCUUCUGAAAACCCACUGGACAUUGGACAAGUACGGAAUCCAAGCCGAUGCCAAAAUACAUUACACACCGCAGCACAAACUAUUAAAACUACUGCUGCCGAACAUGAAGACCGUUAGAUUAAAAGUUAGCUUUUCUGCUGUCGUCUUCAGGGCAGUGGUCGAUAUCUGCAAAGCUUUGAAUAUUCGGAGGCCUGAGGAACUUUCCCUGAUGAAACCACGAAAAACUAUCUGUAAAAAGAAGAGCAAAGAAAAGAUCAAUACACAUCCAAUUAAUGAAGAUAUUUUAGACUUGGAUCAGACGCCAUUAUCCCCAGGAUCAAUAGGUAAUUACAAUGCAAUGAGACAUAUUUGUCUGGAUCUGAAGAAGGGUCUUGACCCGAAACGUCACCUAUUCCUUCUCUCCAGAGAUACUGCCUGUCCUGCCUCAGCUUUUGGUGUCUAUCUUCGGUUUAAACCAGCAUCUGCAAUUCCUUCCUUACACAAAAACAACUCAAAUAAACAUUUGAAUAGAUGGCUAGAUUCGUCACGUUCACUGAUGGAACAAGGCAUCCAGGAAGAAGAUAAGCUCCUGCUGCGUUACAAAUACUACAGCUUCUUUGAUCUCAAUCCAAAAUAUGAUGGGGUACGAAUAAACCAGCUGUAUGAGCAAGCACGGUGGGCAAUUCUCUUGGAAGAAAUCGACUGCACUGAAGAGGAAAUGUUGAUGUUUGCAGCGUUGCAGUACCACAUAAGCAAGUUGUCGCUACUAUCUGAACCGCAAGACUACACGAAUGAGCAAGAUGUGGAUGAAGUAGAGGCCGCUCUGACCAGUCUUGAGGUGACUCUUGAAGGUGGAAAAAUUGACAACAUUUUGGAGGACAUCACUGACAUCCCAAAGUUAGCAGAUUAUCUUAAAAUAUUUAGGCCUAAAAAACUUCUGCUGAAAGCCUACAAGCAGUACUACUUCAUUUUUAAAGAUACAUGUCUAUCGUACUUUAAGAACAGAGACCUUUCGCAAGGAGAACCAAUUGAACAAUUGAACUUGAGAGGAUGUGAAGUGGUACCGGACGUCAAUAUAGCAGCGCAGAAAUUCGGGAUCAAGCUGCUGAUUCCUGUGUCUGACGGCAUGAAUGAAAUAUACAUAAAAUGUCAAAAUGAAAUACAAUAUGCUAAAUGGAUGGCUGCCUGCCGACUGGCUUCCAAGGGCAAGACCAUGGCUGAUAGCUCAUACCCCAUGGAGAUUUAUAACAUUCAGUCGUUCUUGAAGAUGAAGGAUGUCAAUUCUGCCCCUCAGCUGAUGCACGGCCCAACAGAAAUGGAUAUGAACCCUGAAUCUCUUGUCUCGCCCCGAUUCUUGAAGAAGUUCAAAGCCAAACAGUUGACAACACGCAUCCUGGAAGCGCAUCAGAAUGUGGCACAGAUGACGUUGGUAGAAGCCAAGAUGAGAUUCAUCCAGGCGUGGCAAUCGCUGCCAGAGUUUGGACUUUCAUACUUUAUAGUCAGAUUCAGAGGAACCAAAAAGGAUGAUUUGCUGGGCAUUUCCUACAACCGAUUAAUAAGAAUUGAUAUGGCAACAGGAGAUCCUAUCAUAACUUGGAGAUAUAGCAACAUAAAACAGUGGAACGUCAAUUGGGAAAUUAGACAGGUUGAGAUCGAGUUUGAUCAGAGUACAGCCAUAGCACUCACGUGUCUGAAUGCAGACUGCAAGACCGUCCACGAAUAUAUUGGAGGAUAUAUCUUUCUGUCGACGCGCUCCAAGGAUCAAAAUGAAACGCUGGACGAAGAACUGUUUCACAAACUCACUGGGGGUCAGGAUUGAUGUUAAAGACCCUCCGAACUGCAGCACAACCUCAAGAACAGUUUAGGGAAAGGGCGGAGUCCAAAUAAAAUCAAUUGAUAAAUAGCUACUACCUAUCUUUACAAAAGUUACCUGUAAGAAUUGCUAAGUUCUCCACUUAUAUUGUAACCUUUGAAACGAUUAUCACAGAAUGUGUGCUCUUUGCAGCACUUGUAUUCAUAAAUUCAUAAGUGAUAGGAGCAGCAUUCGGCCAUUCGGCCCAUCGUCUAGUCUGCAAUUCAGACAUGGCUGAUUUAUCUCUCCCUCCUAACUACAUCCUCCUGCCUUCUCCCCUGACACUCGUACUAAUCAAGAAUCUAUCAAUCUCUGCCUUACAAAUAUCCAUUGACGGCCUCCACAGCCUUCUGUGGCAAUGAAUUCACUCUUGUUAGUGUGAAAACAGUCACUAUUUAAUCCUUGCAUGUUAACCUCAAUGUACACAUUGAAUGGACAGAUGAUGGAAAGGCAAUAAAUAAAUGGUGGUACAGAAA